AUGCAAGAGAAGAUCACGACGCGCUUGAGAUCUGAUACACUGACCGGGACUGUUUACUUGCAACCGCGUCGUCGCUCCCGUGGCUUCGCGAAAGAUUCACCCGGUGGUCAAAUGCUCUGGCCGGAGCGUUUUAACGUUUCUGAGGGACCGAGUGAGCUCGUUGUGGUUUUCUGGAGCGGAGGAAAGGACUCGUUCCUUGCGUUAAGUGCGUUGUAUGAGACUUAUCCUGCCGAGCAGAAGCCCAUGCCUCGUGUGGUGCUCCUUACGACGAUCGACCCGAAGACGAAUGUGGUACCUAUCCAGAAUAUCUCAUCGCAGACUGUUGCGGCUCAAGCUGAAGCGCUAGAGCUCCCAUUGUGCCUUGUAGCUGUGGGGCUUGGUGACGAAUACACUUCAGCUCUGCGAACUGCUCUACACGAUAUCCCUAACCAAAUGAAGCGAACAAAGAAGUCCAAGAAGGCAAGCACGCAGAAUGAGACAGCCCUUUUAGUAUCCACCUUGGUGUUUGGCGAUCUCCACUUGGAAGAUAUUCGUGCCUGGCGCGAGGAAACCUUCGGGAAGGAUUACAAGCUGCUGUUUCCUGUCUGGAAGAAGAAUUACGAGUCGGAAUUGCUACCAGCACUCGAACGACUUUGUGUCAAAACAGGUGCCAAAAUAUUCUUCUCGAACAUCGACGAGGAGCGGCUUGGUUCCGAUGAAAAUGAUGGUACACAGUGGCAAGUGGGCCAAGUGUACGACUGGAAAAGGAUCCAGGAGCGAAACAAGAUUUCAACUGAACAGGUUGACCUCAUGGGAGAGUGUGGGGAGUUCCACACUUGCGUCAAAUUCCCAGGAAUGGAUUAGAGAGGGAAAGAAUGAUGGUAAGGUGUCAUUUCGCUAUUUGUAAGUUUAAAGCAACCUAAUGCUUCGUGCGGUAAGUUUAUGGGAUACUCUCAAAUUUUACGCUUCACAUGGUACAUUUUUAUAUGUAGUA